AUGAUCGCUUCCAACGUUCUUGCUAUCGCCCUCGCCGCCGCUGGCGCCGCCGCCGCCCCUCUUGCCAAGCGCUCGAGCGGCCAGGCCACCUACUACGCCGCUGGUCUUGGUGCCUGUGGUUGGACCAACUCUGGCUCUGACUUCAUCGUCGCCAUGAACGCCCCCGAGUGGGCCGGCGGUGCUCACUGCGGUCAGACCGUCACCAUCACCAACAACAAGAACGGCAACACCCAGACCGCCCAGGUCGCCGACCUCUGCCCCGGCUGCAGCUGGGGUUCGCUCGACAUGUCGACCAGCCUCUUCUCCGCCCUGAACAACGGCAACAUGGACGACGGUGUCUUCCCCAUCUCGUGGUCGUUCGGCUCCGGCUCGUCCGCCUCGAACAACAACAAGCAGCAGCAGCAGCAGCAGCAGCAGGCCCAGGCCACCUCGUCGACCUACACCCCCGAGGCCACCUACACCAAGUCGUCCACCCCCUCGGCCACCCCCACCCCCUCGUCGGUCACCUACAGCCAGCCCGCUGCCCCCACCUCGACCUCGUCGUACGCUCCCCAGCCCGCUUCGUCGUCCAACUCCAAGACCGUCGUCUCGACCCCCGAGUGGUGGGCUGACGUGAACAAUGCCUGCGGUGUCAAGCUCGACGCUGGCUCGCUCCCCAUCGCCAUCUCCUCCUCGGCUCUCCUCGCCGCCGACAAGCUUUCGGACGCUUGCGGCAAGUGGAUUCAGAUCAAGAACAACCAGAACGGCAAGGAGCUCUCCCUCCAGGUCGUCAACUACUGGGCCGGUGCCGAGGGUGACGUCGCCCUUGGCGAGGCUUACAAGCGCCUUGCCAACAACUACGAGAACCCCGAGACCAUCGAGUCCGUCACCUGGGGCUUCAUCGACGGCCAGGGCCUCUAA